AUUUACACCCAUGGAGACAGGAAUGAUCAGUGUGAGAGGAAACCCAACACACAAACACAAACCUGUGUCUACAACUUGCCAAUGAAGAACCUGAGUCUUUCUCAUGCUGGGACCUACUACUGUGCUGUUGCCUCAUGUGGACACAUACUGUUUGGAAAUGGGACUAAGCUGGAUAUUGAGGGUGAGAUGGACUCUCUUGUCUUGGUGUAUGUCUUGAGUGGAGCUCUGACAGUCACCACCAUCCUGGUUAUUUUACUGGCUCUCUUAAUUUACAAGAUGAACAAAACACACAGCUUGAAAUCGGGGACAGAGUCGCAAGCAAGAUCUUUAUUCCCCUCCACAGCAGAAGCAGAGGGUUACCAAGACGCACACAACCUCCAUUAUGCUGCUUUAAGUAUUGACCUGCCCAACAGAUCAAGAAGACAGAGGAACAACACCAAAGAUGAAUGUGUGUACUCCAGUGUUAGGCAGUAG